CCCAGAGAAGCCAAAACCGAUCCCUAAGAUCAUAAAUCCAAAACCACUCAUUUCUAAUUUGCACUCCAAAAGAAGAAGAAGAAGAAGAAGAAGAAACAAUGGCGACAAGUGCAUCUGCUUUGCUCUCUCCUUCAACAUUCUCCACUGCAAUCUCCCAGAAAAACCCAAACUCCAUCUCAUUCCAUGGCCUCCGUCCUCUCCGCCUCGGUGGCUCCUCCUCCGCCUUACCCAAGCUCUCCACCACCACCGCCGGAAGAAAAUCCUCCUCCGCCGUCGUGAGAGCCGAGCUAAGCCCAUCCGUCGUUAUAAGCCUCAGCACGGGUCUCUCCCUCUUCCUCGGCCGAUUCGUUUUCUUCAACUUCCAGAGAGAGAAUGUGGCCAAACAGGGCUUGCCGGAGCAGAACGGUAAAACCCACUUCGAAGCCGGCGAUGAUCGUGCCAAGGAAUACGUCAGCCUCUUGAAAUCCAACGACCCGAUUGGAUUCAACAUCGUCGAUGUUCUUGCUUGGGGCUCUAUUGGCCACAUCGUUGCUUACUACAUCUUGGCCACUUCUAGCAAUGGCUACGAUCCCAGCUUCUUUGGCUGAUAUUCAUUAUUCUCCAAUCUCUGUCUCCUAUAUGAAUGUAUAUCUUUGACUUGUAUCGCAAGCUAUCUAAUAUAUUCUCUAUCUUUGUUUCUUCUUCUU